AUGAACAAGCGCUGGCCCCCUCUGGCCGACAAGACCUCCCUCCCCUACAAGCUCACCACCCUCUCCAAGCAAAAACUCGCCCGCGAGGCCACCGCCCCCGACCCGGAUAUCAGACGAUGCCUCGGCCACUUUCGCCUCCACUGCACAUCCAUGGAAUGGGCCCAGCGGGAUAUGACCUCUCGCAUCAACUCUUUUGAUCUCGAUUCCGACUCGGAGGAAGAGGAGGAGGAGGAGGGCACCCACGAUGAGGAGGUUUCAAAGCAGCCUGCACCAGAGGUGGAGGUCGCGCCUCUUGCCGAGAAGGACGACGUCGCUACUUCCAUUGAAUCCGACGCUAAGGCGGAGACGACUCUCCAUGUGAGCUUUGAAGUCGUAUCAAACGUCCCUGCGUCCACUGCCUCGACACCCACAACAGAGCAAGAAAAAGAGAGCCUCCUCGAAAAAGGCCGCAGUUGUCUGGAAAAGACAGUCCAGAUGAAACACUUUUGGCCUGCUCGUGGGCCUUGUCUACCUGUUCGCAUCGCCGGUUAA